AGCUGGUGGGGAGCGAGGCUGGAGCGUGCGGUGGGCUCCGGGUCAGAGGUAGAGAAGAGGGAUUAGGGACACUCGCUUUGUAGAUCUGUACCUGAGCCUCACGACCGGGCUUUAAGGACAUCUGCCUAAUAAUGGAUCAAACACGCCAGCAAAGAGAACUGGUGGGCUGGGUACACUAGGUUUCAGUAUCCCCCGGGUCUUGAGCAAACAGCGAGUUAGAAAGGUUUCCUUGGUGGCUUUUCUGGGUGCGGACCCUGCGCCUCCCCGCAGAGCGGUCGCGUAGGCAAGAGGGGCGCAGGAGACCCAAGGGAAGGGGCCGAAAGCCGCCUGAUUGACAGCCCGAAAUCUGAUCUUGUGAAAGAGACGUGGAGCCAAUGGGAGGCAGCGAUCCAUCAGUUUGGAUUGGAGGCCCCUGGAGGAGAAGUAGAGGAAAAACCACCGAAUUGAGCUCGGUCAGAGGCGCUUUCGGCUUCCAAGGGGAAGUGCUGGGCAAUAAUUAAUGUUUUUAUUAAAUUUGGAGGGAUUUUUUUGCAGCCGUUCGCCUAGCGUGGCCUUCAGGUUGAUAGAAGUCCAGAUCCCGAGGAAAUCUCCAGCUAAAUGCUCAGAAUAUAAAACACUGAGCUAAUAUUUGCGAAGAGCAGCAAAAUGGAUGGAUUUUAUGACCAGCAAGUGCCUUACGUGGUCACCAACAGUCAGCGUGGGAGAAAUUGUAACGAGAAACCAACAAAUGUCAGGAAAAGAAAAUUCAUUAACAGAGAUCUGGCUCAUGAUUCAGAAGAACUCUUUCAGGAUCUGAGUCAGUUACAAGAAACAUGGCUUGCUGAAGCUCAGGUACCUGACAAUGAUGAGCAGUUUGUGCCAGACUAUCAGGCUGAAAGUUUGGCUUUUCAUGGCCUACCACUGAAAAUCAAGAAAGAACCCCACAGCCCAUGUUCAGAACUCGGGUCUGCCUGCAGUCAAGAGCAGCCCUUUAAAUUCAGCUAUGGAGAAAAGUGCCUGUACAGUGUCAGUGCCUAUGAUCAGAAGCCACACGUGGGAAUGAGGCCCUCCAACCCCCCGACACCAUCCAGUACUCCAGUGUCCCCACUACAUCAUGCAUCUCCAAACACAGCUCAUACUCCGAAACCUGACCGGGCCUUCCCAGCUCACCCCCCUCCUUCUCAGUCCAUACCAGACGGCACCUACCCCAUGGACCACAGAUUUCGUCGCCAGCUUUCUGAACCCUGUAAUUCUUUUCCUCCUUUGCCGACAUUGCCAAGGGAAGGGCGUCCUAUGUACCAACGCCAGAUGUCUGAGCCAAACAUCCCCUUCCCACCUCAAGGCUUUAAGCAGGAGUAUCACGACCCAGUCUAUGAACAUAACACCAUGGUUGGAGGUGCGGCCAGCCAAAGCUUCCCCCCUCCUCUGAUGAUCAAACAGGAACCCAGAGACUUUGCAUACGAUUCAGAAGUGCCUAGCUGCCACUCCAUUUAUAUGAGGCAAGAAGGCUUCCUGGCUCAUCCAAGCAGAACAGAAGGCUGCAUGUUUGAAAAGGGCCCCAGGCAGUUCUAUGAUGACACCUGCGUUGUUCCGGAGAAGUUCGAUGGGGACAUUAAGCAAGAGCCAGGAAUGUACCGGGAAGGACCCACGUACCAGAGGCGAGGAUCCCUUCAGCUUUGGCAGUUUUUGGUAGCGCUUCUGGACGACCCUUCCAACUCUCAUUUCAUUGCCUGGACUGGACGAGGCAUGGAAUUUAAACUGAUUGAGCCUGAAGAGGUGGCCCGGCGUUGGGGCAUUCAGAAGAACAGGCCAGCUAUGAACUAUGACAAACUUAGUCGUUCUCUUCGCUAUUACUAUGAGAAGGGGAUCAUGCAAAAGGUGGCUGGAGAGAGAUAUGUCUACAAAUUUGUGUGUGACCCGGAAGCCCUUUUCUCCAUGGCCUUUCCGGACAACCAGCGUCCACUGCUGAAGACGGACAUGGAACGUCACAUCAACGAGGAGGACACGGUGCCUCUGUCUCACUUUGAUGAGAGCAUGGCCUACAUGCCAGAAGGGGGUUGCUGCAACCCCCACCCCUACAACGAAGGCUACGUGUACUAAAAUGAGUGACAGUCAAGCAGGGCACCCCGCGCUUCGCAUCUUUUUUUCAAGAUAGAGAGAAUCAACAAAUUCUCUUCAAUCUUUGUUUUAUUUUUGUUGUUUGUAUUUUAUUUUUUAAGUAAUAAUACAAACGGGGGCUUUUCCUGUUGCAUUAUUCUAUGAUCUGCCAUGGACUGCGCACUUUAUUUGAGGGUGGGUGGGAGUAAUCUAGACAUUGAUUCUUUGUAAGAGGAAGAUGGUGGGUGAAUGGGCAGAGGGAACUGGGGAAUUCCUUUUUACUUAGGCUUGGGAUGGGGUCCUACGGGUUUUCUGUAUGAUGAAGCUAUAUCAUGUUUGGUCGAUUUCUUAAUAACAUAAGAUAAUUUUCUCGGUAUCUACGGUACAUUUGAUUUCACAUUGUGUAAAUAUCUACUUGGAGACUCUUUGCCUUGGGCAUUUCCCCAUCAUUACUGAAGUCUUUGCAGGUGUACAAAAAUCUACUGUAAAUGGCAGUUUAAUGUUAGAAAUGACUGUUUUUGCACCUCUUGUAAAAAAAAAAAAGGUAUUUAGCAAUUGCAUUUGUUGUUCUUUCUGUUCCAUUUUGCUUUACAGACGACUUGUAAAGGAUAAGCAUAAAUGUGGGCAGUUCUCUCUGAAUUUGAGUAAUUGCCUUGACUGUAAAUGAGGGGCACAGUUUUGGACUCUGGCUCCAGUUGAGUCAUAGGCCAGUAGCAUUACAUGUAUCUGGUGCCAUCUUGCUGUUUCAGUACAAAUGCUGUCUUUCAAAUACGUUGGUGCCCAUUUCAGUUACAUAAUGACAUGUCAUGAUCCUUUGUAAUCUUCACUGAAGUGUUAAAUCUGGGAUCACAAUGAAGCAAAAAAAGAAAAAAAAUUACCUGUCUCCUUUCACUAUCUUCAGUACAUAAAUACUUAUUUAAUCAAUAAGAAUUAACUGUACUAAAUCACGUAUUAUGCUGUUCUAGUUACAGCAAGCACUCUUUAAGAAAAAUAUCCACUACACUAAAUAGGUACUAUAGUAAUUUUUAGACAUGGUACCCAUUGAUAUGCAUUUAAAUGUUUCACUGCUGUGUUCUGUUGAUAACAUAUAUAAAUAUUAGAUAAUGCUAAUGCUUCUGCUGCUGUCUUUUCUGUAAUAUUCUCUUUCAUGCUGAAUUUACUAUGACCAUUUAUAAGCAAUGCAGUUAACUACAGAUAGCAUUUCAGGACAAAAUAGAUGACUCAAACCAUUUAUUGCUUAAGAAGUAGCUUACACCAUGCUAUGCUAUAAGCAGCUUUUAUGCACAUUGACAAAUGAAGAGUGAGCUUCAGCUUGUUAAGGGAAACUGUGGAAACUUUUGUAACUUUUAAUGAAAUGGAACAUUGUUUAUGAGCUGUUAAAGAAUACGAGGAAGUUGCUGUGUGACAUAGAGCUGGUACUGACGUUGUCCAUCAUCUCCUUCUGGACACGUCUGUAAAUGUGAUCAGAUUGUAUGAAAGAAGAUUCAAAGAUCUAAAGUUUCAAAGUUUUGCCUUUGUUUUUGUUUUGUUUGUUUUACAUUUAAAAACAACAGCAUUGAAAGUAUGCCACGUUGUUCCAUUCAUUCUGAAAACCAUAAGGAAAUGGUGUCUUAAUAACCCUGAGUAGCAGCUUUCAAGAUCCAAGCAAAGGAAAUGAAUUGUGUUCAAUCUGUUACUAUUCUGGAGAACAACUUUGUAAAGAAUCUGUACAAAAAUAUUUAUUUUUUAGAAAAUCCUUAAACACAAAGCCCAAAUAAACAUAGGAAAGCAUUUCUGAGCACAAGAAAAACCUUGUGGAGAUAAGCCCUCAGUACACAUUUUCCCAUGCCCAACAGAUCACAAUUGUUUCUCUAAAUCCACAGUUCCUUCACUCUCCGCACGCCCAAACCAGUACUAGCUGGAUCCUCCAGAAACGUUUUGACGCCGAUGUAUGUCUACAAAUGAUUUCGUUGACUGUGCUGUGUAUGUGUCACUUGGCCUUUCCCAGGCUCAUAAAUAUGCCUUAACAAUCAGGACACCCACCGUGAUCAUGUAGCUCUUUACAGCACUUAGAAUAAAAACCAACUUUCUAAAUAACCAGUGAAAUAUUUCCUGGACAGACAACUGAGAUGUAUGAUUGGGCUAUUUGGUAAAACAGAAGGAAAUUCUAAGUACAUCUUUAGAUGUAAAUUGUAUUGAGGAGUCUUUUCUUUUUCUAUUGUUCUUUUUUUUCCUUUUUAAUAUUCUUGUUCCAGUCAGUCAGGGAGGAAGAACUGGACCCUGAGCUGUUUUAAAGGAUCACAAGAAUAAAGGUAUUAAUUCUCAUAUCAAAGGACAACUACAAGUUUUGUUGUCAUAGGUAGUGACUUAAUGAACUAAAUAAGUCAUUAGCAAACAUUAAGUGUAUUCCUAAUGUGGAAAAAUUCAAAAUAGAGCAUCAUAACUUUAGCAAAAUGAAAAAAUUUAUACUUUGAUUUUAUCUGUGUUUUUUUCUAUUUCUUUUUCUUUCAGGUAGAUUAAUAAAUACAGCAGCUGAUUUCUGCAAGAUUCUUGCAUUUUGUAAUUUCAACAGCAUUGACUAUCAAACAUACAAAUUAGUAAAGUAAUAUUUGUCUUCAAUUUGGUAAAAGAAAUGAAAAGAUAUAUCCACUAAUGUUUGAUGUCUCUCAUUGAAGAUGUGCACAUAUCCAACAAUUUCUUAAAAUGAAAAAUAUUACCUUCCAAAUAAUCAGUGAGAAAAUAUUUUAUUAGUGUUGUUUCAAAAUGAAACUCAACAAACCUGAGAUUGUGUAGUAUUUCUUCAAAUCACAGAAACCUUGCUUCCUGUAGAUGUUUUAACAAGUGACUUACUUUAGUAUCAACACAAAUUUAUCUUCUUACAGUUCUGGAGGUUAAAAUUUCUUUUUUUUUCUUUUCUCUUUUAUUUUUCUAUUUAAAAAAACUUUUAAAUUCAUUUUACAUACCAAUCCCCUCCGCCCACUUCUCACCCUCCUCCAUCCCCUCCCAUGAGGGGACAGCAAAGCCUGGUACAUUCAGUUGAGGCAGAACCAAGCUUCUCUCCCCUGCAUCAAGGGUGAGCAAGGGGUCCAAAAAGCUAGCUCAUGGACCAGGGAUAGAUCCUGACCACACUGCCAGGGGCCCCUCAAACAGACCUAGCUACACAACUAUCUACCAUAUGCAGAGGGUCUAGUCCAGUCCCAUGCAGGUUCCACAGAGGUCAAAAUUUCAAAGUCAGCCUUAAAGGGCUAAAACCAAGAUGUUGGCAAAGCCACUUCCUUUUAGAGGCUCUAGAUGGGCAUCUUUUUUCCAAUUUCUGGGCCGCCAACAUUUCUUGACUACUAGUUAUAAUGUUUUAAUGUUGCCUCCCGGGUCAUAUCCCUUCGUCUGCUGUCACAUCUCCUGACAUCCUUCAAGGACACUUGUGAUUGUCUUUAGGGUUCACCUAGAAAAUCCAAGUUGAUCUGGCCCUCUCAGCGUCCUCAAUCACGUGUCAUGUCCUUUUUGACAGAUAAACACUUCAUAGGUUUCUGAGAUUAUAAUGUGGUUAUGGGGCAGUGCUGGUGAAGGCUGUUUAUUCAACUUUGUUCAGCUUCCCACACAGAUAAAGACCCCAGGGAGCAAACUCCUAAUUGAUUUGUUCAUGAACAAGAAGUUCUAUUGAGGUAGCUAGGAUUAGUAUAACUCGUUUUUGUCAUUUACCAUUCAGAUUAUCUCCCCUUAUUUUGCAUAAAUACUUUUGAAAAAAAUCUCUGGAUUAAAAAUUCACCUGUUCUAGUAAAUUUUCUGGGUUACACACUGAGCCUUUAUAAGAUUAAAAGAUCCCUCCUAUCCUGGUCAAACACACCAUGAUAGGAAAAAUAACUAAGCUGUGAUAAUAACGAUAAUAAUAGCAGUAGCACAGUUACGUCUGCUGCUCAUGCCAUGUUUUCAAAAAGAAUUUUUAGUAUCAGUAAUGAGUUGAUUCCUUAUGAUUUUCACAUCUGCAAAUGAUAACUGCUUGUUCAAUAAGAACGAUAAACAAAAUGUCUCUUAUUAAUUAAAGGAACAAUUCUAAAAACUGAGUCGACUUCUCUUUAUAUGACAAUGAAGGACAUUUCUUGCCCAAUGUCACGGUAUUUGGACUAGAUUACAGCAUUCUAAAAUGAAUCAUGUUUUUGAUCAUGUAGCACUUCCCAGAUUGUAGGAUAAAACAUCAUGGAAAAAAUCAGGUGAAUUGCCUUACAAUUUUUUAAGUCAGAAACAAAUAGGCUAUUUUCAGGCAGUUUGGUAUGGAGAAGAAAGAUUAAAAGUUGGCAAAAUAAGGGAAAGAAUCAAUUUAUUAACAGCACAGAUGUAUGCUGGACAAUUGCAACAAGAAUUGUGUAGAAGCUAAGUUUCAUAAAGGUGUUUGUGUCCCAUUUGAUAUUAAAGAGUCGGGCAGGUGCUGCCCUAGCAGAGUGGAGGCAUGGCAGCUGCUACCUGGGUUCUUCGGAAAGCUAACCAUAUUUAGUGAGGACUCAGCUAGUACUUUUAGGCCCUGAUUUUUUUCUUAAAGUGAGACUGACUUAGACACUUUAUUAAAAAAAAAAAGCAGUUCAUGGGAAAGUAUAGUUUAAGAACAAACUGCACUUAGACUAGUGGGUGCCUUUAUGGAAAUAUUGAUGGUUUGGGAAUGUUCGAUUAAAAUGUAUAUAUAAUAGCUGUGGUUUAAGAAUCCAUAUAUAAGAUAGGUUUUGUUUUUGCAUAUAAACUCCAAUAUUCUUAGUUCCAUUCAAAAAUUAUGUUUCUAUGGGGGAAGAUUUUUUUUUUAAUUUGCUUGGUUGUAUUAAGAUUAUAAUUACAGUUUGAGGAAACAUUAUGAAAUUCAUGUGGUGAUAGCAAAUUAAAUAUGCUCAAAAUUUAAGUAUAAAAUAAAAGCCCAGAAAUUGAAA